AGUUUCAAUCCAAAAAUUUUAGUUUAUAAUUUUCCUCUGUUGAGUGAGUUUCUUGAGAGUGGAUUAUUUCAAUUUAUCUCUAUAUCUUAGGUCUUGCUAACAUAAGUGGUGAACAUGGUAAUCAAAUUCAUCAUAGUGAGAUUUUAAAUCUUGCCAAAAUCGGUGUUUUGGUAUUGGCUCUUACGCCAUUUGGUAUUAGAGCCAAUAUAUUUGGAGUCUGCACGUCAUUCUGAGCAUUCUGGUGAAAAUCGGUCGACGAACAAGGUAGCACGCGCCUCCAUGUGCCACCGUCGUUUUCUCACGCGUCGGUCACUCGCACCACUGCAAAUCGCGUGAAAAUCACACGUCGGUCAUCUUCAACCUCUCAUUAGACACGUCAUCAGCCACGUCAUCAUCCAGUCAUUGCCACAUCAUCUAUUGCCACGUCAUCAACCACGUUAGUGACACAUCAUCACCGCAGUCGCACUCUUUUACCACAUCAUCAAGUCCUUCAACUUAUUUUGACCUUACAGAUUGACCCCAUAAUUUUAUAAAUUUCAAAUUACCCCUACUUUCAAAUACUAGCUUUCCAAAAAGCCCUUUAUCAACUUAAACUCAUCAUGCCUCCUAGAAGACAAAAUCCUCCUCGUCAGCGAGCUGUUCGAGACAUAGAGAUGGAAGAAUUACAUCAACAAAUUCAAAGGUUUCAAGAAAGACUCGAAGCUUUUGAGGGACAACAAGCUUAACACCCGCAACCACAAGAUGAACCACAUGAGUCAGAAGAAGAUACUGAUGAUGAGAAUCCCUUCCAUCACUUAAGGGAUAAUGAAAGCUCAUCAUCAACAGGAAAAAUUCGUCGUCGACAACGUCCCCAACAAAAUGCUGCUCCCAAAUCCAUUGACCUUGGCAUCAAAAUCGAUAUUCCAUGUUUUGAAGGUCGCCUUCAAUCAAAUGAAUUUAUCGACUGGUUGCACACUGUGGAACGUGUAUUUGAACUCAAGGAUAUUCUUGACGACAAGCGUGUGAAGCUCGUCGCCAUCAAAUUAAAGAAACAUGCAUCCAUUUGAUGGGAGAAUCUCAAACGCAGUCGAGAAAGAGAAGUUCGCAACAAAAUUAGAACUUGGGAGAAAAUGCGUCGGGAACUCACCCGUAAGUUUUUACCUAACCGUUACUACCAGGAUAAUUUUGUUAAAUUUCAUAAUUUGCAGCAAAAAUCUUUGAUUGUGGAAGAAUAUACUAUGGAAUUCGAACAAUUAAUGAUGAAGUGUGAU